AUGACAUGCGAGGAAUGUGUAUGUAGCAUCAAGAUUGUCCAAGAUAUCCAAAUACAUCGAACCACGUUCCGUCAUAUUCUUCUGGACGAGGCUUAUUUUGUCAUCUCAGUUGCACUGCUUCGCGAGAGAUUAGCAGCGUUCAUUCUUCACGUUAAUCCAGCUUUCAUCCGGUUGGAGUGUAGCUGCUAUCGUGUAAUGCCCGCGCGGAAAACUGUGAAUGAAAUUCCUGCAGAAAAAUCGAGUGAGUUGAAGCAUCUGCAGGAUAGUUUGACGCGAUUUUUCACCCCCACCAAUCAGAGGCGCUCUCGAGUUGCACAAUCAUCAUUCUCGUUGGAAAGUUUUGAACCUGGUGCUUCAUCAUCACGGGCCACAUCAUGCAAGAGCAUCGAUUCCAAAAAGGAUUUGAAUAGAGAGAGAAAUAGACGAAGCCCGAGGCCAGUAAGAAAAAUUUCAGCGAGAGACAUCAAAAAGAAUGUUAUUUCUGGAGAAAUUAACAAGACGGGAAGCAGAAUUCACCACUUUUCUGCUAUCUCUAUUGAUACGAAACAUGGUGAUUUACAGUCUACUCCUCCGCAUCCUUCUAUAAGUUCAUCUCUAAAAUCGGGGCAGUCAACACCAUCGCCUCAUCGCCGUACCGAUGUACUUUUUGAUGCUCUGUCUCCAUAUUUUAGUGCAACCUCCGAAAAGAGGCGGACUUUUUCAAAAGGACAAUAUGUUCAUCUUUCUGGUGGCCGUACAAGAAUAAAAGGUGGAGAGAGCACCGUGGUCCAUGAAGAAGGUGCGUUUUCUCCAAGUUGUUUACACCAACCACAUAGCAGCACAGCUGUAACAUCGAGCGAAUCACAAGAUGAACUUUCUAGUACUGAGCAACGACGGAGUAUUAUACGUCCAGCAAGGAAGAAACGCCAUUCGACACAUGUAAGUAAACCGACAGCAUCAUAUCAAAAUGCCUCACCGUCUAUAUAUGUUCGAAGAAACGAAAACGCAUCAGAGCGUCGUUCAGUUCAAAAUACAUAUUUAUUUCCGGUUGAGUGUUCCUCGCGGAAUUCUGGAUUACGACAUUUAUCGCUGCAGUCAUCAUCCAGUUUGAAAAGUUUGGUUCCCAAAGGACUUGUAUCACAACGGAGACUGCGGACUGCUUCGAUCAUUCGAAAGGCCAAGUCGCAUAAAACACGCUUAAAAUUACGCCAGUCAUUAUCUCCCCGUCUGGUGACAAGGAAACGUGUGGUAUCGCUUCGUCAGCCUCAUUUGGAUGAAUUAAACAUGGCAGGAGGAACGGUUUCUUUGUCGGAACCAGUGGCUAUAACCAGUGAAGAUCGAGAAUUAUACAGUGCUGCUUGUAAUUUGGCUGGAUUGGACUUUAACGCUAUCCUAAGUGAGUGCACCCCAGGAGAGCACAAAACUUUCAAUGACACAACUGAUAGUUCACGGAAUCCAAAAGCAAUACGAAUUGGGAAUUUUGAAAUCGAAACGUGGUAUUCUGCACCAUAUCCAGCGGAAUAUGCACAGCUAUCAGUUUUAUAUCUGUGUGAAUAUUGUAUGAAAUACAUGAAAAGUUUGGAAAUGAGGCAGAGACACUCGGAACGGUGUCAACUUCGACAUCCCCCAGGCAAUGAAAUAUACCGGAAGGAUGGUGUGUCGGUAUUUGAGGUAGAUGGUUACUGUUCCAGAAUUUACUGUCAGAAUAUUUGUCUUCUGGCGAAAUUGUUUCUGGAUCACAAAACAUUGUACUAUGAUGUGGAACCGUUCUUAUUUUACGUGGUCACAAGAAAUGAUAGCAGUGGGUGUCAUUUUGUUGGAUAUUUUUCCAAGGAAAAAUAUAGUGCGCAAAAAUAUAAUCUAUCGUGCAUCAUGACAUUACCUUCUUAUCAGAGACAAGGAUUUGGAAGGUUUUUGAUUGAUUUUAGCUUUUUGUUGAGUCGGAAAGAAGGCAUGACAGGGACACCAGAAAGACCUUUGUCAGAUUUGGGUCGUUUUUCUUAUAAAAGUUAUUGGCGAUCAGCUAUUUGUGAAUAUCUUUACAAGAAUAUUUCACCCGACAAAACAAAACGGCUAACUUUGAGAGGUAUUGCACGUGGGACGGGUAUUUCGGUUUACGAUGUUAUGGAAACAUUGCAGUCAUUGAAUAUACUUCAGCGAAUCGAUUCUCAGAUGGUAAUUGUAUUAAAUAUGACGAUGUUGAAAAGUCACUGGACUAGAGCAAAGAAUGACGCCAAGCGUAUUUGGUUGGAUGAAACGAAGUUAUCAUGGUUGCCAAUUGCACAUUCGCCUUCAAAGGAGUAUGGUGAGCGAUCAUCACAUGUGUUAUGCUCCCCUUUUACCAGUCCUAUUCGACAAACCACAGUACGACGUAGUCGUGGAAACAUAAUGCAGAAUUCAAAUUCUGGUGGUGGUAUGCAGGGAUCCAAAACAAAUAAUUUUUUUCGAGAAAAAAACAUCAAAAAUGGUAAAACAAUACUUAGAAGGCAGCGAUAUGGUGACAACACGUCGGAUGAAGACAAAAGGGCAGUAAUGAGUUUUAAAACUACAUGUCGAGAUGGAAAGCAGAAUAGACGGAUUUGGAGAAAAACAAGCGGUGAUGAUUCUGAUGAUGAUGAUGUGAAGUUGCAAAAAGAAGCAAGGAAGAAUGUGCGCUUAGCCGAGAUGAGUCAAAAGAAAAUAUCAAAGAGAAGUACUACCAACCGACGUUUCCGAAAAAGUGGAACGAAAAAGGCCGUAGCGAUUGAGCCGUAUACGUAUCCGUCAUCAUCAAACAGUGAUUCAUCAGAUCUAAGUGAUGUUAGUUCAGAUGUUCGGAAAAGUGGAAAAGCUUGCAAACCUUCACACAGAAAGCAUAUAUCACGUUCUCAUUUUAGACGACGAAAACAGAGAAAUAUCACCAAUGUAGAAUCAAUCGAACUGAAUAACGUCAAUGAUCACGAUACGCCAGACAGUAAAAGAGUACCCGUGAAAACCGUAAAUUCAAAUUGCCAUAAAUUACAUCUUUAUCACGUGUCGUCUAGCGCCGAUUCAAUUGGUUCUGAGGGAUCAUCUGAUGACUCACUUUUGAUUUUGAAGCGACGCAAAAUAACUAAUAGUACAAAACCGCUGUUUUCAAGUUGCGCCAAUUCUCCAGAGCCACUGGGAAAUGGACAUAAACUGAGUAUGAGCCAAGAACCAGGAAGCGAAAUUCCCGAUUGCGAUAAGCUGAUUGCAGCUAAUGUGCAACAAUCAAACAAAAACGAAAAAAGUUUGGAAUUAAGUGUUGAUAAUGAAGAUGAGCUACCGCCCACACUGGAAGCAGAUGGUGUCGACGGCAGAGAUAAGCUAGUAAAGGAAUGGGACAAUCCGGAUAGAUCAUGCUGCUCCGGAAGCAGUUUUCCAAACGGGAUGCCACUUCUUCGUGUGAAUAUUGCAGGGAAUGAUAGUGCAUAUGAGGGAGAAGAUGAAGACGUUCCGCCGAGGUUAUCGCCAAACUUUGCUAUGGUUGAAAGUAGCGACACGAAUAGUCCGAAAGAACUCGAGCCAAUACCAUCUUUGUGUCAAACAUUGCCCAACAAAUCUGCUCCAGAUUUGCUAGCUGUUUCGUCACCUUCGAAACCUUGUGAUACGGUGUCAAAUAAUUCAACGUCACGAAUUACAUCUGUUACUAAUACCAUUUGCGAAAUGGUUAAUUUGGGUGGCGAUGCUGGAAGCGAAGGCGAAAGUGAAGCAGAACAGAAGGAAUUAGGUGGUGGUCAUUCGAACCAUAGAAAGAAUGGAAAAUCAGAGGCUUUGCCGCUUAGGCUUGAAACAUCAGCAUUGGAUAGGCCUCCGAAAGCCCCAGCAAUGCUUUCGUUGCCAAACGAGGAGCAUGAUAUGGGACAUACGGACGAAAAAAGCGAAAUCGCAUCGAUCGGAAAAGAUAGUUCCGUGGAAACAGUUGAGCAAGCGGUAUUCCAGAGUAGCAACAAUUGUCGGCAGCCAAACUCAAUCCUUAAUCAGUCUCCAAUUUUGCCACCGAGUUCGAUCCAUUCAGAUCUUUCUUCCCAAAGCUUCGUAUCACCUCCCUGUUCUUUGCAAAAGCGCAAUACAUCUGAUGGCUCCUGUCGUACUCCUCUUUCACAAAUUGAAGCAAGUCCUGGAGAAGUUUUCAUCGGUUCCGUUGAUAGAAAUAGCGUUCGCUCGAAUCCGUCAACUCCACAUCAUCUAUCAACUCAAAGCCACCCAAGUUCGGAAAUGAUGUUUUGUACUACAACGGCAGGAGACAUGUGUCUGACUAUGAUGGCUGAAACACCGGUGAUGGCAAACAACACAAAAAGUAUGGUGAAACCAUCGACGCCAACGGUGUUACCAUCGGCAACAACUCAGCAUCAUCAUUCUCAUCGACGCGGUUCUAAAAAAGACCAAAGCCGUACAUCGAAAACAGUUUCAAAUAGCCAGAGGGCGCAGAUGUUUAUGCCUCCGGCGCCACUUCCGCCAUAUGUAAUUGCAGCAUCAAGUGCAGGACAAUCAUUUAUGGGCCCUUCACAAGUCACGCAUUCUCAGACAGGAUCUUAUUAUGCUGGCGGUUAUGCAAAUUCGCGACAUUCCGCUUACUUCGAUUCGCAGUUUCACCCGAAUGCGCUGUCGACUGCGACUGCUUCAGCAACUUAUCCAGCAUCGAGUGUAAGCUAUCCAUCCCAUUUAGGUGGCAUAGGUAAAACAUAUCCUAUGGGAGCUGCUGUUCAGAGUGGCUUUUCGUAUUCUUAUCCUCGUGGUAUGCAUCAGACCGGUGCUAAUAUGGGGUUAUCAAGCGGUAGUGGAACCAUUGGACCAGCAACUCCGCAACAAAUGAUCGGUGUACAGUGUCCAGAGUUACCGAACACUGGUCAGGCUAAUGCAGCAGCUUCAUGGAGGUAUCCUGCUCCACCUGCCGCAUUUUCGGGUCAUUUCAUGGACGCAUUUGGUGGUGGUAUGCCAUCAGCAGCUGGUGGUACUCAAUUUGCAUUACCAAAUCAACUUUAUUAUCAGCACGGUUACCAUCCGUAUUUAAUGCCAAUGAUGCGGAAUGAUUAA